UCGAAAACUAUCAGUAUUAACAAAAAAAAAAAUAACAAAGCAAUUAAAUUCGUAUGCGUUGUGCCGACAAACAAAUCAGUGUUUAAACCCCAAAGAAACAUUAAAAUAUUAAUUAAAUAUACUUUGUUUCAACGACAACAAUAUCUGACAUAUGAAUUUCCCCGGCUCGAAGUGAGAACUGGCGAGCCAUGGCGUUGUUACUCUUCCGACGCAUGUCAAUGCUUUCAAAUAGUAUCCUUAUAUAUAUUUUCCUUUGCACAAUAUUUGUGCAUGGAUACAAAAAGCAAGAAUGGGCUGAAAUCGGGAGGAACUUCUCCUUGGAGUGUACGACGGAAGAUGAAAAAGCCACCUGGAUAUUUGGCAACAAGACUAUUGAUGAAAAGACUACAAGAUUGAAAAUCCAAACGAUGCCCAACGCAAAUGUUAGUGAAACGGAAAACAGGACCCACGCUUUUGUCAGUCGUCUGCUGUUUGCCGAUGUGAAUAUGUCAGACGCUGGCAACUACACCUGCAAACAUUCGGCGACAAAUGAUUCCAUUGCAUUUAAUGUACAGACAUACCUGCCAGCGAAGAUUGUGCACAGCACCGCUGAUAAAAUAAGGAGAAAAAUCGGCCAGGAUGUUGUUCUGUUUUGUUUGGUGGAAGUCUAUCCACAAAAUGAAACGAUCCACAAGAAUCUCAAGUGGCUGAAGGACGGCAGCACCUAUGAAUUCAUGGACAACUUCUCAUCGAUUGUCAAGCUUAACGAGACCCAUUUGAACUUUACGCUGGAGUUUACCGAAGUCUACAAGAAGGAGAACGGCACGUACAAGUGUGUGGUGUAUGGGAAUGCUGGCACUGAGGAUACUUCCAAGGAGAUAAACGUAUUCGUCAUGGAAGUGCCACAAGUGAGCAUUGAUUUCGCCAAGGCUGUGGGUGCCAGCAAGAUAUUCCUCAAUUGGACAGUAAACGACGGCAACGAUCCCAUCCAGAAGUACUUCAUUUCAUUCUCCCAACAAGGAUCGCCCACAUACACUUACUACAAGGAUAUAAUUAAUGGCAACAAUACGUCGUACAUUCUGGAAUCAUUCCUGCCCAACACCACCUACUCCCUGCGCAUACUGGGCAAGAACUCAAUCGGAGAUGGAGCACCCAAUCAGUAUCCCGUGGCCAUCACAACCCUCUCCUUUGAUCCCAUAUUUAUUCCGAAAGUGGAAACGACUGGCAGCACAGCGUCCACGAUCACCAUAGGCUGGAGUCCGCCGCCCCAAGAUAUCAUCGAAUACAUCCAAUACUACGAACUGAUUGUGUCCGAGUCGGGGGAGGUGCCCAAGCUGAUUGAGGAGACAAUUCACCAGCAAAACUCCAGAAAUCUGCCCUACAUGUUUGACAAUCUGAAAACGGCCACAGAGUACGAGUUCCGAGUGCGUGCCUGCAGUGAUCUAACCAAGACCUGUGGUCCCUGGUCGGAUGUCGUGAAUGGCACCACCAUGGACGGUGUGUCGACAAAGCCCACAAAUCUGACCAUCAAUUGCCAUCAUCACAACAAUUCCAGACUCAAUUCCAUAUCGAUAAGUUGGAAUUACCCCAAGGUGCCAAAUGGGAAGAUUAUUUCAUAUUUGAUUACCCUGGAGGGCAACUAUAGGUACACAGUCGAGAGCAAUGUAUUCAACGAGAAGUGGGGACCAAAGAUACGACGAGUGGAUGAGCCACACCACAAGACCACCUACGAUGGUGUUAGCCCAAACACAAACUACUCCGUGACCGUUUCGGCCAUCACGCGACACAAGAAGAACGGGGAAUUGGCGGGCGGACAUUGUAUGAUGCCCGUGUCAACGCCUGAUGUCGUUGGCCGCACAAUGUGGUCGAAGAUUAAACAUGGCUCGAAAUAUCUCUUGAAAUUGUAUCUGCCCAAAAUCAGCGAACGCAACGGACCCAUAUGCUGCUAUAGAUUGUAUCUGGUGAAGAUAACGAAUGCCAACAAGGAAUUGCCAACGCCAGACAAGCUCAACAUCGACACAUACCAUCAGGUGCACAGCGAGAAUGCCACCAAGGCGUACGCUUAUAUAGCGGAGAUGAUCAGCAGCAAAUACUUUAAGCCGGAAAUCUUUCUGGGCGAUGGCAAUCGAUUUGUGGAGCACGCAGAACUCAUGGACAACGAUGAGAUAUGCCGCAGAUGCUUGGAGGGCACAGCAUUCCUCAGGAAGUCUGAGCUGCCACAGAAAACACCAAUGGGCUCCCUUUCACAUUCCGAGUUCCGCAUUUCAUCGCAAAAGGAGCAACUGAUUAAAGCCGGCAACUUGACAGAAAAUGCAUUUAAAAUAUUGGAAAAUAAAAAGCGCAUCAGACGCAACACACUUAAUCCGAAUAGUGAACAGAAUUCCAGCUCCAAUCCGAUCCAAGAUGUUCUGCCAACGCCUGCGGCUGUGCACGAAAUAUGGGACGGCGAGAUAGAUAUUAAUGCCAAUUAUACAGGAUUUUUGGAAAUAGUUGUGCGCGACGUGAAUGGUCCGCUCUUGGCAUACAGCGAUUAUUUUGAUGUAAUUACGCCAGCCACAGAAGCGGAGCCAAAUCAUGCGAUGAAGGAUAUGGACUACUAUUUGAAUAUUGGCAUUAAAGCGGGCGCCAUACUAUUUGGCAUAAUCAUUGUCUUCUUUACACUAUGGAUAUUCCAUCACAACAAGACUAAAAAUGCAAUGCCUGGAGAGGAUGCAUUGACAUUAAGAGAUUCCUUGAGAGCUUUCUUCGGACGUCGUAGCCACAAUCACAGUCACUUUAUUACGUCUGGAAACCACAAGGGUUUCGAUACUGGACCCAUACAACGAUUUGAACUGGAAACUGCUUAUAAAAAUCGUCACAAAGACACGGACUAUGGAUUCCUGCGAGAAUAUGAAAUGCUGCCGAAUCGCUUUAGCGACCGAACAACGAAAAAUAGUGACAUUAAGGAGAACGCAUGCAAAAAUAGAUACCCCGACAUUAAGGCCUAUGAUCAGACUCGCGUGAAACUGGCAACAGCCAACGGACUGCAAUCAACCGAUUAUAUUAAUGCCAACUUUGUCAUUGGCUACAAGGAGCGGAAGAAGUUUAUCUGUGCACAGGGGCCCAUGGAGAGCACCAUAGAUGACUUCUGGCGCAUGAUAUGGGAACAGCAUCUGGAGAUAAUUGUGAUGCUGACCAAUUUGGAGGAAUAUAAUAAGGCAAAGUGCGCCAAGUAUUGGCCUGAGAAAGUAUUUGAUACGAAGCAGUUUGGAGAUAUUUUAGUGAAAUUCACACAAGAACGAAAGACUGGCGACUAUGUGGUACGCACUUUGAAUGUUUCGAAGAGCAACCUAAUUGGCGAUGAGGAAGAUCGCAGAGAGAUUACCCAAUACCACUAUUUAACGUGGAAGGAUUUUAUGGCACCCGAACACCCGCAUGGCAUUAUCAAAUUUAUACGACAGAUUAACUCCGUUUACUCGCUGCAACGGGGACCCAUUUUAGUGCAUUGCAGUGCCGGUGUGGGUAGAACUGGUACGCUAGUCGCUUUAGAUUCGCUUAUACAACAAUUGGAGGAAGAAGACUCGGUUUCGAUAUACAACACAGUCUGUGACUUGCGGCAUCAGCGCAAUUUUUUAGUUCAGUCUCUGAAACAAUACAUUUUUCUAUAUCGCGCUUUGCUAGACACUGGAACUUUUGGAAAUACGGAUUUAUGUAUUAAUUCAAUGGCAUCAACAAUUGAAUCACUAAAGCGAAAACCAAAUGAGGGCAAAUGCAAAUUGGAAAUGGAAUUCGAGAAACUAUUAAUCACCAUGGAAGAGGUAAACAAAUCAUGCUCGGUGGGCGAAAACGUAGAGAACAAUUCAAAGAAUCGAAGCCUAGAGAUUAUUCCAUACGAUCGUAAUAGAGUUAUAUUGACCCCACUUCCUAUGAGAGAAAACUCGACUUAUAUUAACGCCUCGUUUAUUGAGGGCUACGACAAUAGUGAAACCUUCAUUAUUGCCCAAGAUCCACUUGAGGGCACCGUUGGCGAUUUCUGGCGAAUGAUCUCAGAGCAAAGUAUUUCCACGCUUGUAAUGAUAUCUGAGAUUGGAGAUGGUCAAAGGAAAUGUCCACGCUAUUGGGCCGAUGAUGAGAUCCAAUAUGAUCAUAUACUUGUGAAAUAUGUGCACAGCGAGAACUGCCCCUACUAUACGCGGCGUGAAUUCUAUGUAACGAACUGCAAAAUCGACGACACAUUGAAGGUAACACAAUUCCAGUACAAUGGAUGGCCAACCGUCGAUGGGGAAGUUCCUGAAGUAUGUCGAGGAAUCAUCGAACUUGUGGAUCAAGCAUACAACCAUUACAAAAGCCAUAAAAAUAUUGGUUGUCGAUCGCCCCUCACAGUUCAUUGCAGUCUCGGAACUGAUCGAAGUUCUAUUUUCGUGGCCAUGUGCAUUUUAGUCCAGCAUCUUAGAUUAGAGAAAUCAGUUGACAUUUGUGCAACAACAAGGAAAUUAAGAUCUCAGCGACCGGGACUUAUCAACUCAUACGCACAAUACGAGUUCCUACAUCGCGCAAUAAUGAAUUAUUCAGACUUACACCAUUUAUCGGAGUCGAUAGAGGAUUGAGUGGGUUAUGUAUAAGCGAAAGUACAUGGCACCACGUGGGUGGUAUGUCAAAGCGCAGUGUGUGUUUUGGUAAAUUAUUUGUAUAUUUAACUAUCUUUUAAUGAGCGUAUUUAAGUAAAUUCAGUUUUGCCUGAAUAUAAUUUACACACAAAAUAUGUAUGUAUGUAGGUGUAUACGUAUAAUGCUACCAAAGGAAAUUAAGAAGACAUAUAUUUUAUAAGACGAAAUAAAUUACAAAACUAAGAUUACAAAUUUCAUAUA